AUGAUCUUCGGCACUCAAUGCACAAAUCAUGUUGCUAAUGCUACUGACGAUUUCAUUUGGGCUAACGUUUCUAAGGACCAAAAAACAAGUUAUGAGUUACAAGCAAGUAUCCAGUUGCCCUUCGGUGAAGUCGAAUAUAGAACAAACGGAACCGAUGAAUCAGCACCAGAUCGAAGAGCUCAGUUCACUCGAAUCGAGGCCGGAUCAUAUCUGGCCUUUCGUACAAAUGGCUGUGCCCAAGUGAAAUAUGUGGCUGUAUAUCGAUUCGUCGAUGGAACUCUAGAAUGGAUCGCAUCUGGACAUCCGAUUGCAUGUGACGAGAGUGUGAUUGCAACGAAAAAUGGUGGUAUGCAGAUUUCGGAGAUGGGCUCAAUUUGGAAGGAUAUCGCUGGAAAAGUGCAUAAAUCGUCAGUU